AUGUCGCAUCUUUCUUCAAGCCAUCUAAGGUAUAGGUUGAAAACUUUGAACAAGGAUCAUUCGAUAAACGUCACAGAAAUAAUUGUUGAUGACAACAUUUUCCAUUGGGAGGCUACUUUAAUCGGACCGGUGAACACCCCAUAUGAAGGGGGAGUGUUUAAAAUGAGUAUUCAUUUUACGUGUGAUUACCCAAAUAAUCCCCCAAAGGUUUGUUUCGACACAAAAAUUUGCCACCCAAACAUAUCAGAUGAAGGAGCCAUAUACCUAAGAGUGUUGAAGUCCACCUAUUGGCAGCCCAUGCCGAUUAUUUUGCUUUUCAAGAGAUUAGUGGAGAAGUUGAUUGAACCAGAAGUCGAUGAGGAGGACCAGAUAAAUAAAAAUCUUGCCAACCUCUACAAAUCUGAUAGGGCAAGGUUUGAAGCAAUGGCUAGAGAGAUGACAAACCAAUACACUGGGAGAGGAAACUGA